UUUCACAAGAAAAACCUGUUAAGAUAAUAAAGGGAUUCUCUCUACCUAAAUUAUAUAGGGCUUUUAACUGCACAGAUGAAGGAAGUGUUGAGUUUGACUUCACUUGGUUCUGACCCCUGGUCUCCUAUGGGAAAGGGGGAGAGUUCUGUGUUUUGAGACCCACCCACUGCCCAGACUGAUUCCUUAUUGGGAUCUCUUCCUUGUUUUUUCCUGUAAGUGCAUAAGUCAUGUAUUUGUAGCCUUCCAAAAUAUAUGGGUUAUGCACAAAUUAUUGCCUCAUGAUUAUGUGAGAUAUGUACAAAUUUUGGUGCAUUAGUUUUCAUAGGAAAAUAUACGCACAGGGCAUGAGAACAGCCUAAUCUAGAAUGAUAAAUUGCACUAUACGGGCAAGAGUAAAAAUGUGUAUCUUUGAUUUGGGGGUUAACUGUCCCUUUAAGUGACACUCUGUUGAUACAGCUUAUUUUGAAUCGGGAAGACUCUGACUAGUCUAAAACACACCAAAGUCCUUUAUCCUUUUAAAAAUGUUGUUCUGAAACAUUCUAAAAUAAGUUAUAUGUGUUUUUAAAAUAUGAUAAAUACAUACAUGCCUUUUACACCAUAGGACAUCACAUAUACUCAUGCAUGCACAUCUUUCUUUGCUUAAAGCAACACUGCCCUCUGCUGCUUUGCAGAGAUACAGUACAAAGAAAACUGUAAUUUGUCAGUCACUUGCUUUUUUUGUUUCAUCAUUUGCUUCUUGAGGCUCAAGUCGAUGCCAAAAUUUGAACGCUGCAUAACAAAGUCUCCAAACUGAGCUAUACAGUUAUUUACAUGGGUUAUUGCACUUUGGAAUAUCAAACAGUUUGGCAUACAGUCCUUUGCAAUAGUUUAUAUGAUAUCUGUUGAUAUAUACGUCACUUUCCACAUAUAUAUUUUACUGGCAAACACACUCACAAAAUCCUCCCAGUAGGCAUGUUGGGACACGACUAGAACUGGGGUCCCUGAGGGCCUCAACACUGCUUACUCACUGACUUCCGAGGACCUUUCUCAGUGAAGAGACCUGCUGAGGAGAAAUCACCCUCCACAAACUGCAGGAAAAUAUCUAAGAGACUACAAACUUAAAGAGUGAAGAAAUGGAGUUCGGGGCUUUGUUUCUGCUGUCCCUCAUGGGACUCCUGUUUGUGGAGCCAGGGUUUGGACAGCGAGGUGACGUGGAUGUUGCUAAGUGGAUGACUGAUAAAGUGGAAUUAAUGAAGAACUUGGAGGACAAACUUAGACAUGUAGAGAGACGGCAGAAUAACAUUGAAGCUUUGGAGGCCAGGCUCAAUGCGACUGUAGACAAGCUGAUGAGACAGAACGCUGAAGUGGAUCAACUGAAGAAAGAGAAUGAAGGCCUGAAAAUGAGACUGAAUGCCACGGAGGAAGAGAUUGAUAAGCUGAAACAGAAUAUUCCUAAAGGUGCUCCUCAGAUUGCAUUCUCGGCCUCUUUGGCAAACUUCGGGGAGAUUUACAGAGGACCCUGCACAGACAAGGCCCUCAUUUUCAAAAGGGUCUUCUCAAACUCUGGCAAUGGUUAUGACCAAAACACAGGAAUCUUCACAGCACCAGUGAACGGUCUCUACUUCUUCAGCUUCAGUACCUAUGGCUACAACACUCACGACAUGGGGGCCAUUUUAAUGAAAAAUGGUGAUCGGCAAAUUUCAACCUAUGAUAAACCCUCAGCUGACGGCUCAGACAGUAGUAGUAAUGCUGUCGUUCUGCAGUUGUUCGCGGGUGAUAAGGUGUAUAUGGAACUGUGGGAUAACGGCAGAGUGUUUGACAACCUGAACGGACACACAACCUUCAGUGGUUUUCUUGUCUUCCCUGUGUAAAUGAUUAGAAACUAUGUGUUGCAUUGUGUUUUUAAACUGAAGAGAGAUGCAGGUCCAGCAGUCGUGACAUCUGUGAUAUCACUGUCUUUAUAUAGUGGCAUUGCCCCAAAGCAUAUGCUGACAAGAAAAUUACACAGUAUCCUGGUUGAUUUUUAUCAAACUUUUAUCAAAAAAUCUCCACACGUUUUUCAUUUUCAAGUAAAUUUCAAUGACAAUGUGGGUGCAUGAACUUUCUUCAGAACAAUAAACCCAAGAUAAACUUCUUA